AUGGACGGCAUUAAUCUAUUUCAUCAAUUUGUGGCACGCCACAAACCCCAACUGGAAGCUGCUGCUGUACCACAACAUUUUUGGCAAUCAAUUUAUCGGAAAGUAACAACGGAGACCUUCGAUGCUGGUGUCGUGUUGCAGCUGAUGCUCAUCGAAUAUGACGAAGAGGAUGCCGAGGAUACCAAUGUGACAGAUGAUGAGAAGGAGUGUCGGCCAGUGUUUGCCCUGUCCGUCGCUGCCGAGGGUGGUAUUCGUGCCAAUGAUCCAAAUGCUGUAUUCUUGGUCGAUCAUGCCUGGACAUUUAGAACAAAUAUUGCCCGCCAGCAGUUGGAACAAUAUGACCAUUUGCUGAAUCGCAUGUGCGCCAUUACGGGUGUGGAUUUGGAGGAUGAACAACGUGUGGACAAGGUGCUUGCGAAAAUCUGGAAAUAUGCCCAAGUUUAUACACUGAACAGUGAACAAUUAUCCGAUGAAGAUCGUCAACCAAUUUGGUAUAUUAUGGAUGAAGUGGGCUCUGCGGUGGUCCAUUCAGAUGACCCCAACUUUAGAAUGGUACCAUUUUUGCAUUUAGACAGCCAGGUGACCUACAGUUUACUGUUCCCCAUUAAGGAUUGUGAGCAGGGUGAUCAGGUGUGUCGUGACUUUGUGGAAUAUGUGGCCAAAGAUGCCGAGGAACGUAAGGUGUUGCUAUUGCCAUGGCAAUUUACCGAUUUAACCGAUGAAAGUUUUGUACAGUGUGAACCCUCGGUUGAAUACUACACGGCAGGUCACAUACCCGAAACAUAUCCCAAUGAGGAUAAUUUGUGCGAACCAGAAAUUGAUAGAAAUGAACCCUUGAAGGUAUACGCCGAAUAUGAUAUUGUUAGGCAACACUUGACAUCGCCCUAUUUUACACUGGUGGACAAUUCUGAAGAUGCCGACGUUUUGUGGUUGACAACACAUUUCAAAGAUUUCGACGAGCUGGCUCGCACCACCCCUAAUAAAUUUGUCAACCAAUUCCCCUUUGAAUAUGUUAUAACCAUAAAGGAUCUGCUGAGCAUCACCUGCCGUAGGGCAGCCACUGAACAUCACAACAAGGAAACACUGGAAACCUAUCCCAAAUGGUUGCCAACAACGUAUAACCUAAAAACGGAACUUUUACAAUUUGCCUCGUAUUAUCAGAAUAGAGCUGCCAAGGGACUGGACAAUCAUUGGAUUGUUAAACCAUGGAAUUUGGCCAGAGCUCUUGAUACACACAUCUCCAAUAGCCUGAGUCAUAUUGUACGUCUACCCACCACGGGGCCUAAAAUUGCCCAAAAAUAUAUCGAAGAUCCAGUGCUGUUCUAUCGUGACAGUCUCAGUGCCAAGGUUAAAUUUGAUGUACGCUAUGUGGUGCUGUUGAAAAGUGUGAAGCCCCUGGAAGCAUUUGUGCAUCGUAAAUUCUAUUUGAGAUUUUCGAAUAAACCUUUCUCGUUGGACCAUUUUGACGACUAUGAAAAACAUUUUACCGUUAUGAAUUAUCAAGACAAUGCCGAGCUGCAUCAUGUGAAGUGUGAUGACUUUUUGGAGAUGUGGCAGCAACAAUAUCCCAAACAUUCUUGGUCGGAAAUUGAAGAUCGCAUUUGUUCCAUGCUGUAUGAAAUGUUGGAAUGUGCCACCAAAUCACCAGCACCAUGUGGCAUACAGCCAUGUUCGCAAUCAAGAGCCUUGUAUGCGGCUGAUAUUAUGUUGGCAUGGGAGAAUAAAUCCAGCAUCAUGCAACCGAAGCUGUUGGAAGUAAAUUGGACACCAGAUUGUAAGAGAGCCUGUGACUAUUAUCCUGAUUUUUAUAAUGACAUAUUUAAGUUGUUAUUCCUCAAUGAGGCAAACGAUGAAGUUUUUAAACCACUGCAAAAGGAGUAUUAA